AUGGAGGCCAAGCUAGUCAAAUCCACCAUAUCUCAAGAGAUCAUUACCUUCAUAGAAGAACAGAUUGUGCAAAGGUUUGGCAUACCAGAAUCAAUCACCACUGACAGAGGAACUUUUUUCAUAUCCAGAGAAAUGCAAGAUAUGGUAGAGGCACUUAAGAUCAAGCUACUUCAAUCCACUCCUCACUAUGCACAGGCGAAUGGACAGGCAGAAUCAAGCAAUAAGGUUAUCAUCAACAUCAUCAGGAGCAUGCUUGAGGAAAAUCCAAGGCAAUGGCAUGAAAAACUGUCAGACACUUUGUGGGCCUACAAAACCUCAAAAAGAAAAGCAACUGGCAUGACUUCAUAUGCCAUAACCUAUGGACAUAACGCAAUUCUACCCAUGAAAAUCGCAGUUCAGCCCAUCAGAAUUUCCCAGCAACAUAAUUUAUUUGGAGAAGACUACUCACAAGCAAUGCUGCUGAAAUUGGAGGGAUUGGAUGCAAGUAGAAUUGAUACCCUCAACAAACUCUUAGCAGGAAAAUAG